AUGAAGGGAAGGGAUUUGUUGCAAAGUGCCCUCCCCUCCUCCAGCUCCCUCAGCACGAGGGCAGCGCGUGGCCCUUUGUCUGGAACAGACGCGGCUCCUAUUGGCUGGCUGCGGACAGCUCCGCAUUCGGACUGUCCAAUAGACAGCGCUGGAGGACCGGAAGCACACUGGUCCUCCAGCCAAUCAGAGCACCCUUAUUGUCUGAAUGCGGAAGUCAUUGCUGCUGCUGCAGUAACAUUCCUCCAGGAGACACCAUCAGGGGGUUCUGUGUGUGUGGGCACUUCAGGCUUCAGUUCAUCAUCCAACCUGGAGGGACACAAGGACAACAGCACCGUGGAGAAGCCAUGGCAGUGUGGGGACUGCGGGAAACGAUUCAGGUUUCCGUCUGAGCUAGAGGGAUUCACUCAGUCUUCUUCACUGGUGGCGCACAAGCGGAUUCACACCGGGGAGAGGCCGUUCACCUGCUUCAAGUGUGAGAAGCGAUUCAGUCGGUUAUCCAGCCUCCUAAAACACGAGCGAAUUCACACCAGGCAAUGGCCUUUCACCUGCUCCGAGUGCGGGAAGGGAUUCAGUGCUUCGUCCAGGCUGCUGGCGCACCAGCGGCACCAGCGAGUUCACUCUGGCGAGAAGCCAUUCAGCUGCUUCACAUGUGGGAAGCGAUUCAGUCAGCAAUGCAACCUUCACAAACACGAGCGGGUUCACACUGGGCAAUGGCCGUUCACCUGCGCGGAGUGUGGGAAGGGAUGCAGUUCGUUAUCCAGGCUUCUGGCACACCAGCGGGUUCACACUGGGGAGAGGCCGUUCACCUGCUCCGAGUGUGGAGAACGGUUCAGCGAUCCAUCCAGCAUGCGGAGACACCGGCGGGUGCAUACCCGGGAGAGGCCGUUCACCUGCUCUGAGUGUGGGAAGGGAUUUGCUCACUCCUGUAGCCUCCGGAAACAUCAGCAACUUCACACCGGGGAGAGGCAGUUCACCUGCAUUGAAUGUGGGAAGGGAUUCACUGAAUCGACCAGACUGUUAAUCCACCAGCGCAUUCACACUGGGGAGAGACCGUUCCCCUGUACCGUGUGUGGGAAAACUUUUAGGGAUUCAUCUGCUGUACUGAAACACCAGCGAAUUCAUACCGGAGAGAAACCAUUCACCUGCUCUGUGUGUGGUAGGGGAUUUAUCCAGUCAUGCAAGCUGCGGCGACACCAGAGAAUUCAUCAGCCACAGUUGGAUUCUGCUGUCCUUGCUGUUGAGAAUCCUAUCCAGGACUGA